AUGCCCCUGGGUCAGAGGAGUGAGCUCUGGAAGCUGGAGGAAGACCCAGGCCCAGCCCAGGGCCUGGUGGAGGCACAGCUGUUGGGGGCUUGGGAGGAGAAGGUCCCCCGCACCCCCCCCUCCUUCUCCACCUUGGCCUCCUCCCAGUCCGCCGCCCCAUCGGGCUCCUGCUUUGCCCUCUUUCUGGUCCCCUCGGAGGAGGGGUCUGCUGCUGGGUUCCAGAGUCGUCCCCAGAGCUCUCUGAGUGCCUGCCCCUCCCCCACUGCCCAGGCAGCCACUGCCUGCAGCCAGCCUGACCAGGGAUCCAGCAGCUCCGGUGAGGAGGGCGCCAGCCCCCGCGAGGAGCCCGAAGAAGCCCAGCCGGGGCUCCAAAACAUAAUCCAGGGGAAGCUGGCUGAGCUGGUGGAGUUCCUGCUCCUCAAGUAUCACAUCAAGGAGCCGACCAGCCAGGCAGAGAUGCUGGAGAUCGUCGGCCAGGAUGCCCUGGAUGCCUUCCCUGUGAUCUUGGGCCAGGCCUCCGAGUGCUUGCAGCUGGUCUUUGGUAUGGAUGUGAAGGAAGUGGACCCCAGCGACCACUCCUACAUCCUGGUCCCCAUCCUGGGCCUCACCUAUGAUGGGAUGAUUUGCGGUGAGCAGGGAGUGCCCAAGACCGGCCUCCUGGGGGUGAGCCUCCUGCAUGGUGACCGUGCCCCUGAGGAGGAGGUGUGGGAAACGCUGGGGCUCAUGAGGGUGUAUGCCGGCCAGAAGCACAUCAUCUAUGGGGAGCCGAGGGAGCUCCUCACCAAGGUCUGGGUGCAGGAAGGGUACCUGGAGUACUGGCAGGUGCCUGGCAGGGACCCUGCCCGCUACAAGUUCCCGUGGGGUCACAGGGCCCAUGGAACCAGCAAGUUUCAAGUUCUGGAGUAUUUGCUCCGGGUCAGGUGCGGGCAGCUGGCUUCCUCCCUGGCCCUGUCUGAAGGAGCUGUGAGAGAUGAGGGAGAGGAGGCCUGA